CGCUCAUUGACUGGGACUGGGGCUGCUCUUCUGCAGGAACUGUACGAACCGACGGGACUGAGCUAGCGCCGCCACACAGCUUCCCUGACUUCUGAGACACCAGCCUCACAGCGACUACGUUAUGGGCUUCUUAGUGACCAUCAGCAUCCUCGUGGGCGCCUUACUGUCCAUCGCAGGACAACAUUCCGUGAGCGCUGGAAUGUGUUGGUUGCAGCAAGGAAAAGAGCCCAAGUGUGCAAUGAUGCUGAUGACAGGAGUGACACGUGAAGAGUGCUGUAGAAAUGGUAGCCUGGACACAGCUUGGUCAAGCUACACUCUUCCAAUUAGCAAAAUCAGUUUGAUGGGAUUCCUCGGGCUGGUGACAUGCAAACCCUGCAAAGAAUCAUGUGACGGUGUUGACUGUGGGUUUGGCAAAGUGUGUCGGAUGAAGCAGGGCCGCCCUUACUGUGCCUGCGCACCAGACUGCUCCAACAUCACCCGUAGGCAACCAGUGUGUGGUGCAGAUGGGAACACUUACAAGGAUGAAUGUGCCCUUCUUAUGGCCAGGUGCAAGGGCCAUCCUGACCUGGAGGUCAUGUACCAAGGAGAAUGUAAAAAGUCCUGCACAAAUGUCGUUUGCCCAGGGACCCACACCUGUGUGAUUGACCAGACUGAGAGUGCCCACUGUGUCAUAUGUCGUUCUGCUCCAUGCCCCACACCUACCUCAUCCGAGCAGUCUAUUUGUGGCAACAACAACAUCACCUAUCCCACUGCCUGUCACCUACGGAGAGCGACUUGCUUCCUGGGACGUUCCAUUGGUGUCCGUCAUUCUGGAAACUGUGCAUAUGUUCUCAAGCAUGCAGUCGAAAAAGAGGAGAGUGAAGAGAAUGCCUUGUAGACCAAAGGGUAUUUGUUCUUCUUCUAUCACCUCAGCCAAAGGAACCUUAGCUUCAGUCCGAGCAGAAAAACAAGAUGACCAACUCAGAAACAAAGCCCCACCGUAGUGUGCGCUGCCAGUUACUUUUACAUCUAUUUAUUUCCUCUUUCUUUAAAUAUUCUCCUCACCUCCAUUCCAUAUCACUCUCCCUGUUUUCUAAAAACAUCUAAUCCAAAGGCAAGAAGUCGGUAAGAAGAGGGCAGCAGACCAUGAACACAGUCAGACUGCUGUUUGACAUUCAUUGCCCUGCAGGUGGCAGACUAUCACACUUUGGUGAACUACAACUUAGCAUCUGUGAUAAACGAUGGUUGAACUUGUUCGCUGUCACUGUGAGGGUGAGUAACGUAAGUGUCUCAGAUAAUUCUCACCAAAGGCCAUGCAUUCAUGUUUUAGUAUCACUGAAUCUGAGGCAAUCCAUACUCUCUAGCAAGUAGGGGGAAAGGGAGGGCUUGCUAUGUGAAUAUUGUAAAUAAAAUUAAACAACCCGAAUAUUUAUUGGAACCAAAGCUAAUAAGGAAAGGGGAAAAUGCUUUGUUUAUAUAUAUAUAUAUAUAUAUAUUAUUUUUUGUUUUUCAUUCAAGCAAAAACGACCCACUACCUUCAGAGAUGUAUUUAUUAUAUAGUGUUUUUUGACAACUUCAUUUCUUUUCUGUUGCUGUUUUUCCUUCUGUCAUGUAUAACAUUACUAUAGAAAUGUUUAGUAGACUGCCAGAAAUGUUAAAUAUAUUCUAAAUGAUGCUGUACACCUGAAUAAGGUGCCCACAUUCCCCCAGAAGUUAUCAUCUGAGUGCUCUCAGUUGCUUUUUACCACAUUUCAAGACAACACGUCACUAAGAAUGCAGCAGGGUUAGCACACGCUGGAACAAAAUAUUUGCUAUGGUUCAGAAUCUUCGAUUGUUCUGAUUUUUAUAUGUUGGCCCUUAUUUUUAGAAUAUACUUUGACAAUGUACAAUAUUGUUGUACAGGCGAGGGACUCUUCAACACCUUUAAAGUCAAAGUGGGUGUGAUGUUCAUAUGGGUUUGGUUUUAUAAAAAGUGCAGUGGGGCUUUUUGAAAUUUUACAGAGAUUUUGCUAAAUCUGUUGUAUCCAUCAUGUCCAACAAAACUACAAAGAAAAUCCUCCCCACCUCAAUCACACUUUUCACUCAGUUUACCAUUUGUUGUGUUGAUUUUCACCAAAAAUGCAAAGGAAUUUUGGCAAAACCUGUCAAGGAUUGUAAACCUGCAAAUGUUGUGAAAAGGUGAGGCCACAUAAUAAAAUAACCAACACCUAAGAUACCCACUUGAGAUCUCUGAUGUACCACAUUGAUGGAUGGUGAUCUGCUUUCAAGGAAAAUAGAGAAAGGGAAGUCAGAUAACCCUGUCCUUCACCUUUUGUGGCACUGAAAUUUCCACCCCAAGAAUGGGACCACAGUAAUAGUAGAUAAAAUGACAGAAUGUCACACUGGUAAAGUGUUAGCGUUUACAGCAUUUUCAAGACUUACUUCACGAGUUUAAAGCCUUUUUCAAUUUAAUUCAAUUCAGUUUAUCUUUUCAUCACACUCGUCACUAACUUGAGUAUGAUUUUAAAAAUUUGACACAUUAGUAAAUAAACACAUUAAGAUUAGAUUACUCAGUAAAACAAGUAAUUUCAAAUUGAUUAACAUAAAAAGAUUCUUAUAUUAGUCCAUUAGUAUAAUCAUUGAGGUAUGGCCAGUUGGCAACAGAGAGAGUAAAGCAAAAACUCCAGUCAGCCAAAUACCUGGAGAAAACAAACCUCUUGGGGGCAUUCAUGGUCAGUUAAAUCAAAGAAAGUUAAAGACAAAGGCUAUGGUCACAUUACCAGGCUAAAGUGACUCAAGUCCGAUUUGUUUGGCCUUAAUGUGACACAAAUCUGAUGUUCUCAGAAAUAGAAAUCUGAACUUUUCAAAUCAGGUUUGAGUCACUUUCAGAUGUGCUCCUACAUGGGAUACAUAUGCGAUUUGUGGCCAUGCGACAUGAAUGAGAACAGUCACAUCAGAAUUCAUGUGUUUCUUUCCCCAUAUUUUCAUGGGCUGAGUGCUGCAAAACAACAAUGGAGGAGAGCUACAAUUGUACAACCAUUAAUGACUCCUUUCUCGUAUCCGUACAUCUCUUGAUGCAAUAGCUAUGGAGACAGUAAAAGAAGAUUACUACAAUCGAGAUGAGAACAGGCCAUUCAGCCCACCAAAACUCGCCAGUCCUAUUUAAAUCCUCCAAAAUAACAUCAAGUCUAGUUCUGAAAGUCCCUAAAGUCCUACUGUUUAUCAUACUACUUAGUAGCUAGUCCAUGUGUCUGUGUUUCUCGGUGUGAAGAAACACUUCUUAAUGUUUGUGCUUAAUUUACCCUUAACGGGUUUCCAACUGUGUUCUUGAUGAGCUCAUUUUAAUGUAACAGUCUAGCCAUUUACUGUGUUCAGAUCGAUGCAUACACUGGCUACUAACGUACAAUAUCAUGCAUGAGUCGUCUCACAUAUGACUUUUUUUGUUGUUGGUGACACAAAUGACUCACACACAACUGCAUUUUGUUUCGGAGGACAAGUGCAUUCACAUUACAGUUAAAUGCGAUCUGAGCAAAAAAUCACAACUGAACAAGGAGGCUUGUAAUGUGAGCAUCGACAAAGUCAGGCACAGUCACAGAUCUGAUGAUGUAAGGCAGAUGUGUACAAAGUUGGUCUGGGAUGGUCCUAGCGGUUUUUGUUCCAAUCUGAUUGCCUAAUCAGAAACCACUCCUUGCCAACAACAGGUCUUAUUUAAAUUUAUGGUUUGUUUGUGUUGUCAGCCUGCCAUGACAGGUCAUUCUUACAGUGUAGAUUUUUUUCCUUUCCAAAAAUAUCAUCCACAUGAUUUGUAGCCCAAAGCAGAUUAGUAAUCCUCGGGCCUUUACUUUUUUUGUUGUCAGUUUCCCUCCAAAUAUUUUUUUAAUCAGUUAGUUUAUGAUGAAUACACACAGGAGUAAAUGGAAACAAUUUAGACUACUGGUCCCUUUGUCAUUUGUAUUUUACUGCUAAUAAGGAGCCAUCAUAACAGCAAAAGUAGCUGACUAAAAUAAUCAAUUAAGACAGGGAAUCUUAAUACAGAAGACAACUAAAAUGAAGCAAAAAAUUCUGUUUAAACAAUAAACAUAAUCGAGUUCUCCUUAAGAAAUUGGGUUGGAAAAAAAUUACCAACUACUGAGCCAUGCCAAUUGGCCCCCCAUCAACUCCUGAGCAUUUUGCAGGAUUAUACUGUAUAUAAUAAUAAUUAAUGACAUUCAUGUAGUACCUUUCUAACCUAACCUACUCAAAGCAGUGUGCAAUUUAUUCAGGACAUUGGGAAACACCUUACUCUUUUCAAAAGAUGUACAGAGAUCUUUUAUAACUGCAGAGAGUCAGGACAUCCAAAGGACCAAAGCGCCAGUUUUUAUAGCACUGUGUGUCUGUCACUGCACUGGGAUCCCCCAGGUGGCCUUGCCAACACUUCUCCCAGCAGCCCUGCAAGAUUUUAUUGGUUGGUCUCCCAUCCAAGUACUGACCAGGACCAAACAUGCUUAGCUUCAGGUGGAUUACCUGUUCUGAA